CUCCGGUCACGUCAGAUGUCCAAAGAAGAUAGGUUAAUAAUACAAAUGUGAGAUAACCUCAGUAGAAACUAAAAAACAAAAACAAUUUAUAAUACUCUGAUCCAUACGUUCGGAUGCGGGCAUAGACGAAUUUUGUUUGGUAUAGUACCAGUUAUAGCAUGCCGUAAAAGUAUGGAUGAAAUUAAAGUUGUAGACGAAAAUGAACAUUAAGAUUGAGGUAAAACAGGAACCUAUUGAUCCUGCAGAAGAGGAAGAUUGCAAUUCCUCAGAACAAGGGGAGCCUUGCGCUUUAAGUGAAAUAAAGGAGGAAGAUGAUGAGGAGGACCUAAUGCCACCAGUUGGGAUGUUUCUGGCGGAAGUGACCAUUCGUGAGGUGAAGCAGGAAGAGAAGGACUCUGCCGCAAUGUGCAAUGGACCUUUUCAAGGGAGUGUCGCUUUGUGUGUUGGUGGAGAAGGUAGCUCCGCAGACGCCCUCACCUUGCCCGAAUCUGGAUGUGAAAUUGGGGAAAGUUGCCACGAAUGUUCCCUGCGUCAAAACAACUUCAGCAAGAGUGCCGAGUUGGUUGGGCACGAGCGGACCCACAGCAGUGAUCGCCGUCACGAAUGCUCUGUCUGCCAAAAGAAGUUUUCUCGGAGGAGUAGUUUAGUCACGCACAUGCGAAUCCACAGUGGUGAACGCCCUCAUGAGUGCAUCGUCUGCGAAAAGAGAUUUACAGAUAGGAGCGGUUUAAAUACACACAUGCGGAUCCACAGCGGUGAACGCCCUUACGAAUGCUCUGUCUGCUCCAAGACGUUUUCUCGCAGAAGUGAUUUAGUUGUGCACUUGCGGAUCCACAACGAUGAACGCCCUUAUGAAUGUUCUCUCUGUCAGAAGACAUUCGCAGAUAGAAGACAUUUAGUUACGCAUAUGCGGAUCCAUAGUGGAGAACGCCCCUAUGAAUGUUCGGUCUGUCAAAAGAGCUUUAUAGAUAAAAGUACUUUAGUUGCGCACACGCGGAUUCAUAGCGGUGAACGCCCUUACGGAUGCUCCGUUUGUCUCAAAAGGUUCUCUCGGAGCAGUGAUUUAGUUACGCACACGCGUAUCCACAGCGGUGAGCGCCCCCAUGUAUGCACUGUCUGUGAAAAGAGUUUUGGUGAUAGAAGUCAUUUAAACGCUCAUUUGCGGAUCCACAGCGGUGAGCGUCCUCAUGAAUGUUCGGUCUGCCAGAAGAGCUUUUCGCAUCGCAGUACCAUGGUUACGCAUAUGCGCAUCCACAGCGGUGAACGCCCGUACGAUUGCUCUGUGUGCUUCAAGAGGUUCUCUCGGAGAAGUGAUUUGGUUGUGCACAUGCGGAUCCAUACCGGUGAACGCCCUCAUGUAUGUUGUGUUUGCCGAAAGAGCUUUUCAGACAGAAGUCAUUUCGUUAAGCACAUACGCCUGCACUCCGGUGAACGCCCUCAUGAGUGUUCCGUCUGCGGAAAGAGCUUUUCAGAUAGAAGAACUUUAGUUUCGCACCAGCGAAUCCACACUGGAGAACGCCCUCACGAAUGCUCUGUCUGUCCGAAGAGGUUCUCUCGGAAAAGCGAUGUGGUUGCACACUUACGGAUCCACGGCGAUGAACGCUCUUAA